GAAUAGAACAUGAUGUUCGAAGCCAAUCUCAAACUCCCUCUACCCGGUGGUAGUGCUUUGUUGCUGCUCUGGUGAACUUCAGAAACGACUCAAAUUCAUUCCUCGGGACCUUGUCCAUACGCAGAAACCUCUCUGGGAAAAACGUGGACCAAACAUUUGUAUCGCGCGUUGGACGAAACAUCAUUUCCAUUUUUCCUCAGCCCAUUAGUUAGACUUUGGAAAACGCUCACGGGACGAUCGCUACCGGACUGUUGAAGAUAUUUCCAAAAGUCAAGAGGUCUGUUUGGUUAUUAACUCCACACUUAUAGUACCCGGAAUGGCAUCUCGACAGUUUCCCAUCCCUCGUUUGUUUUUUUACGGCGGGCGUCAGAGAGUUAAAGUGCCCUCUCAGUUCACGGGAAUGUUAUCCUACAAGCAUCUCGGCGCCUAUGUAAUUUGGUGUGCUAGGAAGGUAGUAUAACAUUUGGCGAGAGGCUGCGCGCCUGUCGGCUUGCCAUCGAAUGAUUCUCAUCUCGCUUCCAUUACCAGUGAGUGUGCAUCCGAGGAGGUCAGAUUCGGGGCGCUGGGACGAGGUGAUUUAGACUGCGGGAAGAAGCAGCGAUCGAGCAGAGUACCUGGCGACAGCACUGCGCACAGAUACCUCCUUGCAUCCGUUUAAUUGACAGAACGAAAGCAGACCAUGCAACAAAUCCCGGGGCCAAAUCCACCCCAAGUCCGUUCCGAACUGUUCGAGCCACUGAUGAGAAGGAAGAAAAGGGCGGUAUGGCUUUCAAGCACUCUUCUACUUCUAUCCCUCAUCACCACUGCUGUUGGUAUAUUCAUCGCAACAAGGACAGAAAAUAUAAGUGUCAUUGGCUACGUAUCAGGAUUAAUUCUUGCCUUCGGCUCUUUUCUCACUCUGCUGGGACUCUUCCUGGAAGAGAAUCGGAAACAACUGCUGAUUGCAGCCAUUAUCUUCCUCAGUUUUGGUAUUAUUGCAGCAUUUUUCUGUGUGAUCGUGGAUGGUGUCUUCACUGCCAUAAACAUCGAUCUAAGACCACUGCAUGCAGGAAGAUGCCAACAUUACACCAGUGGAACCAACUUUAUUUAUGAGAAUUAUCUGACCUCUGUGCCAUGCCAGAGUCUCACCGAAUCUUGCAAUCUGAAGGUGCGGAGUAACACUUGCUACUGUUGUGACUUGUACAAUUGCGCAAACGGUGACUACCUGAACAAUUACUUUGAAUUUGUUGGAGUGAAUAGUUGCCAGGAGGUACACCUUGUCUACAUUAUGAUUUGGCUGAUGACGGCACUGAAUGUCUCUGCCUUCCUUUUGGGAAUUAUCACCACUGCCAUUCUUGGCAGCUUUAAAAACAUGGAGUCUCGCAUUGGACCCGAGGUUAGUUUCCAGCUCUAUCGCAUUCAAAGUUCCCCAUACAAGCCCAAGGAGCAGUUGGAGACCCAGCCCAUACUGUCUCCCACUGCACCUCUCCUGUUGCAUGAACAAGCGGUAGACACAAGGCACCAGGGGGCUCCCACUCGAUACAUGGCUAUGCCAAUGGCUGGAUCGCUGCCUGGUUGUGAUUUUAACUGUGCAAAGAAGAACAACAACCCUCCUCCAUUUUCCCCUUUGUAUAAUUUGCUGCCAGAUAAGCCAGUGGGAUAUCCAAUGUGACCACUUCUUAUCCGUCUCUGUGCAAAGGCCAAGUAUCCUGUCACAACACAUCUGGAAUACAGAUCCGAAAACCAAAACAAUUAGACUUCAAGGAACCGUUCAUGUUUUUGUACCAUUGUGUAUAGUCGUUACUAGAGAGAAGAUGGCCUAUGUUGCAUCGCACAUGAUUUUUACUUUAUUUUCCUUCAUUGUAAAAUAAUGAACGUUGGACUUGCUCUCACAUAUUUACAAUGUUGCACAAAUUCAACAUCUAUGCCUUGAAUUUUUCACCGUAGUCUGAUAUAUGUAUUGAUAUCACUUUGUUAGACAAUUGUAUAUAUUUAUAUCAUACAAAUUGUAUUUUUCUUUAUAUUAGCUACUGCAAUAGAAUUCACAUAAAGAUCAUUUCCAGUAUUAUAGUUAAAUUUGCAAUAGAAUAGAAUGAAUUAAAACACCCUAUUUUAAUCCUGCUUGCAAUGAUCAUUUGCAACUGAUUUGGCAUUGCAUCCAUUAGGAGCAGUGCACUUUACAGGCCAGUCCACCUUCAGUUUCCAAAGAACGGAAUCAUUCAAAUGUGUACUGACUUCCAUUGGUUGUAAGUUUCAGGAUUACUGUGCCAGUUUAUCUGGAAAGCCCCUCUGGUCAGCUUCUCACUUCCCUCACAUAGAAGAGUCCAUCCAAACCCCAUCCAGUUCAUAUCAUCCAGCCCUGUGUAAGUCGGCAUUGAUUGACUUCCAAUGCACUAACAAUUUAAAAAUUACAAUCUUGAUUUUCUUCCCGUCUCCAAAUCCCCAUAUCAUCAAUCUGCCCCAUCACCCUGUAAAAACUUUCCAUUCUUCCACCUAUUCUCUCUUGUGCAUCUCCUGCUUUGAAGGUAGACACACAAUGCUGGAGUAACUCAGCGGGACAGGCAGCAUCUCUGGAUAUAAGGAAUGGGUGACGUUUCGCGUCAAGACCCUUCUUCAGACUUCCAGCUUUCUUUGUCCUACCAUGGUAGCCGUGCAUCCCAGCCGUCUGGUUCCUAAGCUGUGAACUGUCUCCCUAAAUCUCAUCCCAAACAGCGAGUAAAAUAUAUCGCCCAGUGAUUCCACAGCCAGGUUCAUAUCUGCAGUCUUGCCUCAUUCAGUAGUGAAUGAGCAAUGAUAUAAGUAAUGGUCACGUCCAUCCUCCGCAGUAGCAGAGUUGAGUACACGAGUGUUUAAGGCAAUCUUCAUCUGGAAGUGUCAAGUGGCUUCCGUCUCGAUUUCCUGAGAUCUCCAUUGUUACAGGAAUCAGUUUCCAGCCAAGUCAGUUUGUUGCAUGCGAUGCAAAAUGCUCCAACGCUGCCACGAUCAAGGGACAAGACAACAUGAAGAAGUGAAAAGAUUAUGCAUCAGAACCACUUAUCGCGCUGACUCCUCCCUGACAAUUUGGGAAAUUGUCCAGUGUAGCACUGCCAGUGUAUGCCCAAUUAGCAAUGCACUUUAAGUGCCUUUAAUCAUACACCAAAUGACACUCAAUCACCAAUGUCCUGUUUGGAGAUGGUCAUUUUGAAUUUUGCUAGGACAUUUGGUUCCAAAUGUUCUCAUAUCUUUGGUCCGUUCAUGGAAUAACUUGGAUCUGGUGUUGGGAAGGCAGCAAAGAAUGUUCCACAAUGCUCUUUCCAGAUGGAAGCCUGCUGCUUGCUGUCAGUUACAUACUGUAGGAAGUAUGAAUGGUAAGUUUGCAGAUCACACAAACAUUAUUGGCGGUGUUGAGAAUGUGGAGGAUAGUCUUCAGUCACAGAAUGAUAUUGAUGAGUUGGUGAUAUGGCAGAACAAUGAUUGAUGGAAGUUACACCUGAAAAACGAAAGUUGAUGCAUUUCAGGGAAUUUAAAUUCAUGUAAUUAAAUCAUAUGGAAUUUCAAAGGAAAAUAGUAUCAAUGCUACUGUAUUGUAAAACUCCAUGAAGUCUACUAAUGUCACCAGGGAUGGAGAUAAACUGUUAUCUACACCUAACACCUGAAGCCAAACCAUCUUGAACGGCUAAUCAAUGAUCUUUCUUCCAUUAUAAUAUUGUUCACUGAUUUUGAUGCUUUGGUCAGGAAUGUCAAUGGAUUGGACAAUAAUGUUGUCCAUGCCUGUGUACAACUUACUGUGACACUUAUGAGGUGUCUUGUAAUAAGAUUUACACCAAGGGAACCAGGCCAUGUAUAUACUCUACAAGAAGUCAAACAUUCAAUGGUGUUACUAUUGCUAAUCCCACCCCGCACUCCUCCUCCACAACCCCCUCACUAACAUUCUGGGGUUGACAAGAAACUCAACUGGAUCAGCCAUAGGUACUGUGACUACAAGUGUAGACCAGAGGCUGACCAUCCCGCAGCACUGGUUAAAGGUGUUUCCAAUGUAAACAUGAUGGGCUUGAGACGUGAAUACUUUGCUUUUGACUGCUUGAGUGCAGUGACGUUGAAGGAUUUCAAUGCCAAUUUAAGCAGGCACUUGUCCACCAACCUAAAUGUUCACUCCGUCUGGCACCAGGGCACAGGUUCUACAGCAUGUGCCAUCUAUCAAGUGUACUUAAUCAAACUAAGGCUAAUCUGAGAAACCAAUUACACCCAAGGUCAAGAUCCAACCCAAGUCUCAGGCAAGUGAGGCAGCAGCUCUACCAGCUGCCCCAGUGUGUUGUACUAACUUUCAAAGCCCCAUUAGUUUCAUGCUUGAUGUACGAGCAUUGCAGAAUGGAACGGCUUUAUGAAUUAGGUUUCAGAUCUAUCCUUUGCAGCUUUUAUGAAAAUUAUUGGCUUAACUUCAAGGGGUCUCAUGGAAUAGCACAGCGGCACAGCGGGUAGAGCUGCUGCCUCACAGUGUCAGAGACCAGGGUUCGAUCCUGACCCUGGGUGUGAUCCUGACCUCAGGUGCCAUCAGUGUGGAGUUUGCAUGUUCUCCCUGUUGCUACGUGGAUUUCCUCCAGGUGCUUCCCAUAUCCAAAGAUGAGCAGUUUUGCAGGUUAAUUGGCCACUGUAAAUUGCUCCUAGUAUGUAGGGAGUGGAUGAGAAUGAGGAAUAAUGUAGAACUAGUUUGAAAGGGUGAUCAGUGGUCAGCAUGGAUUCAAUGGGCCAAAGGGCCUGUUUUCAAUCUAUAUCUCUAAACAAACAUCCAUUCUGUAGAACUGAAAGUGACACUUCCCUAACUUUUGAAUUUCAUCAUGUAAUAUUAAAUUUGCUGUGUCUCUUUCAUUGAACAGAUUCAUAUUAUAGAAGCUUCUUCUAGUAGGACCAAGUUCUACUUCAUGUUAAUGUUAAUUAAUGCAAUA